GGAUCUGAUUUGUCAUUAAUGUUACUGUUACUGUGGGGUAUGUAGUUCGUAAAAAUGGACUACAAGUUGAAUUAUGAGCUCUGUAUAGUUGUAUUGUAUACAAAAUGCCGGAUUUUAGUGUAUAAGGGACAUCCUUAGAAGACAAAGGAUCAUCCAGGAAUAGUUGUGAAUUAUGUGAAUUUGAAAAUAGCAGAGAAUAAAUAUAAAAAGGUGCACGUCCUACGAGGGAUGUUUACUUCCGGUAUGUUUCGUUGGCUGGAGCGGACGGGAACGUGAGACGUUAUAAAGCUACAAGUACAAGUGCGGAGAGGGUGUAGGUGAGAUGUCUCUCUUUAUUGCGCAGUUGUAGUUUCACCUGUUAUUGAGGACAUUUUGUUUUAAAAGGACUGAAUUUCCGCGCGUUACAGAAGGUGAGUUGGUCAGUAUCACAGCCCGGACCGCGGUCGUGUCCCAAACCGCACACUGCGAACUUAUACUAAUGCGUUAAAAUAAAACAAGGCUUUUUUAUAUUCUCGAUUCUGAUUGGUCAGAAGGUCUCGAUAUGACAGUAGUUCCGGCUGCGAGGCAAAUCACAGCUUUAUAUCAGUGCGCUGCUUCUAAUACCUUAUUGUUUCUAUAGCAACCACUUACACAAGGACUUAUUAUUAAUAUUUGACAGAGACAGAGAAAAAUAAAAAAAAAAAUAGAUCCUGGUGAGGAAAGGUCUGUUUAUAGAUGCUGUAACGUAAGCGAGAAAAGGAACUAACUUGUUUCGUGGAAGUCUCGUGAAAAUUGAAACGGAUAAAAAGGUUUUGUGGGGAAAAUGGUGGAACUCCGGAGUUACUGCGAGCCGGGCGUGUCCGUACAGCGAGCGUGGACCGAUGGUGGAUUCACGCCCUGCUUCUUCUUCACCCUCGUCCCCGCCGUCCUCAGCACGCUCGCCGUGCUCCUCGGCGCCCUCCACUACGUGUGCUACACUCGCUACGGCACCAACAUAGAGCCCCGAUUCGUGCCGCGUUCCCGCCUUUACAAGCUGCAGCUGGCUCUCUCGGUUCUGCUCGGCCUCCAGGCGCUGGUCUGGAUGAUAUUCCGGGUGGUAUGGGACACGGCGGUGCCCGGGUACGUGGUACUCUGUGGCUGUCUCUAUGCCCUGGUGUGGGCGUGGGCGACGGCGCUGCUGAGGGUGGAGAGGAAGAGGGUUCUAGUGAUGGACAGGACGAGAGGACACAGUGCCGUGCUGCUGUUGUUCUGGACGGCGGCGUUCGUCGCUGAGAACCUGGCGUUCGUGUCGUGGGAGAGCCCGAGGUGGUGGUGGGGGUUCGAGAAGCCCGAACAGCUGGUGGAAUUUGCGUUCUGGCUGUUUCGCUAUAUCUGCUCUGGGACGCUGUUCUUCAUCGGCCUCAAAGCUCCAGGACUGCCGCGAAAACCCUACACACUCCUUAUUAACGAGGAUGUGGAAGGUGGUGGACAGCCGUUGCUAGGCGACGCAGCACAGAACCAGUCAGCAUGGCGCGACUUUGGAAGGAAGGUGCGUCUCCUGCUGCCGUACAUGUGGCCGAGCGGCAACGUCUUCCUCCAGUUCCUCGUCCUGCUGUGUCUCGGGCUUUUGGGAACCGAACGUGUCGUCAACGUCUUCGUGCCCAUGUACUACAGAAACAUAGUGAACGAGCUGACAGUAGGAAGUCCCUGGAAGACCUUGGCCACCACAGUGUGCAUCUAUGUCCUGCUGAAGUUCCUGCAGGGAGGCGGUGCUGGUUCUUCAGGGUUCAUCAGCAACGCACGUACGUUCCUGUGGAUCCGCGUGCAGCAGUACACCAGCCGCGUGGUGCAGGUCCGCCUCUUCGCCCACUUACACUCCCUGUCUCUGCGCUGGCACCUGCAGCGGCGCACCGGAGAGGUCCUGCGCAGCAUCGACCGCGGAACCUCCUCCAUCGACAGCCUGCUCAGCUACAUCGUGUUCAGCAUCUUCCCGACAAUCGCCGACAUCAUCAUCGCCAUCAUCUACUUCAUCUCCAACUUCAACGCCUGGUUCGGCCUCAUCGUCUUCGUCUGUAUGGCGCUUUACCUCACGCUUACCAUCAUCAUAACCGAAUGGAGGACGAAGUACAGGCGAGAAAUGAACACUCAGGACAACAACACCAAGGCCAAAGCGGUGGACUCCCUGCUGAACUUUGAGACGGUGAAAUACUACAACGCAGAGGAUUACGAAGUAGGCCGCUUUGAGGAAGCCAUCCUCAAAUACCAGUCGUUGGAGUGGCUGACCAACGCGUCUCUGGCUCUGCUGAACCAGACCCAGAAUCUGAUCAUCGGCUCGGGUCUGCUGGCCGGCUCGCUGCUCUGUGCGUACUUCGUCUCCGAGGGGAAGUUUCAGGUUGGAGAUUAUGUUCUGUUCGGCACAUAUAUCAUCCAGCUCUACACACCUCUCAACUGGUUCGGCACGUACUACAGGGUCAUCCAGAAGUCAUUCAUUGACAUGGAGAGCAUGUUCCAGCUGUUUGAAGAGGAAGAGGAGGUGAAGGACGCGGUGAACGCCGGACCCCUGCUCUACAAACAGGGAAAGAUCGAGUUCGAAAACGUUUCCUUCAGCUACGUAGAAGGGAAGGAGAUUCUGAAGGACGUGUCGUUUACGGUCCUGCCCGGCCAAACCGUAGCGCUCGUGGGUCAGUCGGGCUCGGGGAAGAGCACCAUCAUCCGCCUGCUCUUCCGUUUCUACGACGUUCAGCGCGGGUGCAUCCGCGUCGACGGCCAGGACGUUACCAAGGUGAAGCAGGCCUCGUUGCGUUCCCACAUCGGCGUCGUGCCCCAGGACACCGUCCUCUUCAACGACAACAUUCGCGAAAACAUCCGUUACGGCCGAAUCGCCGCCUCCGACCAGGAAGUCGAGGACGCCGCCGUCGCCGCCGACAUCCACGACAAAAUUCUCUCCUUCUCUGACGGCUACGGCACACAAGUGGGCGAGAGGGGUCUGAAGCUGAGCGGAGGAGAGAAGCAGAGGGUGGCCAUCGCUCGCACCAUUCUCAAAGCGCCCCAGAUCAUCCUGCUGGACGAGGCCACUUCUGCUCUGGACACGCAGACGGAGCGCAACAUUCAGGCCUCGCUGGCCAAAGUGUGUGCCAACAGAACCACCGUUGUGGUGGCCCACAGGUUGUCGACCAUCGUCGGAGCCGAUCAGAUCCUCGUUGUGCGGGACGGACAGAUCGCCGAGAGAGGGAGCCACGAGGAGCUUUUAGCUAAAGGAGGGCUCUACGCUGACAUGUGGCUGAAACAGCAGCAGGCCUCCGACUCGGACUCCGCCUCCGACUCGGAAACCAAAGACAGAUGUCCUGAGAAACUCCAACCGCUGCCGUCCUCCGCAGCACACGGGCAUCACUGAGAGCUACACACUAUAUGCAGAGAGGAUUCUGGGAGUUUCAUAUUUUGCUCUAAAUCCAGCUGUUUUUUUUUUUUUUUUUUUUUAGUAUUAUACCUAUGAUGAAACACUUCUACGUCGUUUAAUGUCACGUUAAACGUAUCAUCAUGUCACCCUCUACGAAUUGUUGUGGCGUAUGCGCGAACCCCACACUCGAACCUCAAACAAACCCAUACACAAAUGUUCUAUUAGAACAGAUCUAUUGGGGUCUUUUUUUUUAAAAAAAAAAAAAAAAAAAAAGCGUACGAGACGACGUGCACGUCACGCGGGAAUUCGCUGGAACAAGAAAACUUCCGAUCUGAAAGAGUUUAUGCUUGGCGGUUUCGUUUACUCGAUAGUAGCGGCGUUUAUAUUAAAGUAAGAGACUGUCUUCAUAAUCUUUAACAGAACUUGAAGCAGGGGGAGACAUUGGUCCGCUAGAAUCGUUAUAAGAUGAAAUAUAAACUAAAAUUCACAUUUUAAGACGUUUGUGUGUGUGUGUGUGUGUGUGUGUGUGUGUGUGUGUUUUAUGUAGACAGUUGCGACACUUCUGUGCGAGAACGAAACCACGUUCACGUCAUGCGGUAUAAAAAUACCGCUUUUGAUUACUCACUAUAAUAGUUCAGCAAAAUAAAUACUAAUAAAAAAAAGCACUGACAUUAUCCGCUUAUCCAGGAUGGAUCAUUUCGUUUAUUGUGCGAUUAAAGCCAGUAAAGAAGACACUAGCAAGCUAGGCGAGUUUAGCUAGGACUAUUUUAUUGCUUAAACACUGACAUACGAAACAUUUUGAAGACGUUUUCGUUUUUUUGUUUUGUUUUGUUUUGUUUUGUUUUUUUUUUCCCCCCCGCAGUUGAAUCUUUCUGUCCGUGUUUGAUUAUUUUCUCUCAGGUUACAUAUUUAAUUUUAUGCUAGUUCGUUAGUCCUACAUGACUUUGAUUUAAAUGUGUGUAUAUUAGGAACGUUUAAAUAAAUAUUCCAUAUAUUUAUGAUGUGCGACCGACUUUAUUGUAGAGGAGGAGGGGAAAUGGGAAUAAAACGAAAGACGGUACAUAAAGUCGAUGUGUUUAAUCUAAUUUAAGUUCUUUUUUUUAGAUUAGGUAAAGUCGUCGGAUUUUUUUUUUCUUUUCAGCUGCUAAUUUUGCAGAAAUGCCAAGUUUGAAAAGGACGCUUGCGUUCGGAGACGUACGGGGUUUCGUGUUAUUUAUAUUCAAUCGGCUUGUGUUAUUAAAGAUGAUGCUCUGUAUUAAGCGCUAUUUUAUGCUAUUAUGUAAUAAAGAAGUGCGUAUACGUCGGUGUUAAAGAGACAAAGACACCACGCACGUGCUGUUAAGACAAAUGGGUGUGUGUUUAAAUGUCAGUUUCUAUUUUUAGCUUCUCAGGUCGUCUAUAUGCUCUGGAUUCAUGGACGAAGAUGCCAAAGAAAUGCUGAGAGCACAAGAGAAAGAGUUAGAUAGGGUAUGUUUAAUGUAAAGCAGGUUGUAUCUUUGAAUCUGUGACCCAUUUACAUAUUUAGAACUUUUUGUUUUGAAUGAAAAUGGCCUUUUGUAUGAGAUGCCUUGUUUUGUACGUGAUCGUGAGAGCGGGUUGUGUGCAUAUUGAAUUUAAUUUAAAAAUGGACCAUGUGAUUUUUUAUUUAUUUAUUUAUUUUUUUUUUGAUGCGAUUCACGUUUAAAAAUGAAACGUUCUUUAUUUUUCCAAAAAAUAAAUGUGGCGUUAUGAAUAAAAAUGACCGUAAAUCAGUGUAGUAUUUAUAAAGAAAUGACGCAAAACAGAAAUCUAGAAAACAUCAUUUAAUAUUCAAGAUGGCUGGGAAGCAUGGUGUUGGCGGUAGCGUCGCGCUACACAUUACCCCCUUGGCCUCUUGUUUGCUUCUCUGAAUAAGCCUUUCUCUUUACCCUGCCCAAAUAGCACAUACUACAGUACAUCACAUGCAUUUGAUGAAUUUAAUAAUAAUAUUCAAACUAUUCUGCACAUUAGAUAAAUCUUUACCAUUUACCCUGCUGGGGAGGGAAAAAAAACCAAUAGAAACCAUCAGAGAAAUUCUAAUGUUUUGCACUACAAAUACCAUUAUAAACCAUCAGCUAAUCAGUAAAACCAUUACUGCUAUCCACUAGACAUAUCAUGCCACCAAUAGAAGGCAAUACAUAUUAACAAUAGAGAUUCACAGGAACCAUUACAGUUUCAAUGAAAACCAUUACACUUCCCAUUCUAACCAUUAAAACCAUUACAAAUUAUAUGAGGGUUUCUACUGUUGUUGUUUUUCAGCAAUGUGAUCGUGAUAUUUAUU